AGAUUUGCCAGUAUAAGAAUUCCAGGAAGUAAAAAGGAAAGACCUCCUCUGCCGCAUAUGAAGCAGUCACAUUCUACAGAUUGGUCAUCCACACCUAUGGAUGCAGAGGAUUUUGUUCCAAAACCCCUGUCAGAAAGAGAAAUCAUAGCGCUGUUUGAAAAAAUGAUGGAAGAUAUGAAUUUAAAUGAAGACAAGAAGAUGCCAUUGAGAGAAAAGGAUUUUAAUACCAAAAAAGAAAUGGUGAUGCAAUAUAUUAGCACUGCUUCGAAGUCUGGAAGUCUCAAGAACAGCCGGAAGAUUUCCCCCCAAGAGUUUAUUCAGGAAUUAAAAUCUGGGUCAACAGAUGAAAGACUAGCUACUUGCUUAGAAUCUCUCCGUGUGUCCUUGACGAGUAAUCCUGUCAGCUGGGUUGAAAACUUUGGCCGAGAAGGUCUGGGGCUGCUGUUGGAUGUUUUGGAAAGAUUGGUUGAGACAAAAAACCAGGACAAAGUUGUGAAGAAGAGUCAGCAUAAGGUUAUACAGUGUUUGAGAGCCUUCAUGAAUAACAAGUAUGGAUUGGAAAGAAUUUUGGGAGAAGAGAGAAGCCUUCUGUUGCUGAUCAAAGCAAUUGAUCCCAAGCAAACUAACAUGAUGACGGAUAUAGUUAAACUCCUUUCUGCAAUGUGCAUUGUUGGAGAGGAAAACAUCCUUGAAAAAAUUUUGGAAGCUGUAACAGUAGCAGCAGAGGAAAGGAAUGUUGAUAGAUUCUCUCCUAUUGUAGAAGGUCUUCAGGAUAACUCAGUUCAACUGCAAGUAGCUUGCAUGCAGCUCAUCAAUGCUCUUGUUACAUCUCCUGAUGACUUGGAUUUUAGGCUUCACAUCAGAAAUGAAUUUAUGCGCAGUGGAUUGAAAGAGAUAUUGCCACAAUUGAAAUGUAUAAAGAAUGAAGCACUAGAUAUUCAGCUGAAAGUGUUCAAUGAGCAUAAGGAAGAAGACAUGAUCGAAUUCUCUCAUCGUUUAGAAGAUAUUAGAUCUGAACUAGAUGAAGUAAAUGAUGUUUACAACAUGGUGUGGAAUACAGUUAAGGACACUAGCGCUGAAGGAUAUUUUCUUUCUAUUCUCCAACAUCUUUUGCUGAUAAGAAAUGAUUAUUUUAUACGUCCACAGUAUUUCAAAUUAAUUGAAGAGUGUGUGUCCCAGAUAGUGUUACAUCGAAGUGGAACAGACCCAGAUUUCACAUAUCGUAAAAGAUUAGAUAUAGAUUUCAGCCAUUUAGUAGAUAUUUGUGUAGAUAAAGCGAGAUUAGAAGAAUGUGAAGAGAGGGCUUCUGAACUUUCCAGAAAAUUUGAAAAAGAUUUUGUAGUUCAUCAGGAGACCCAGGCCCUACUGCAAAAAAAAGAAGAAAGAAUCAAUGAACUUGAAGCAGAAUUACAAGCUUUUAAAUCACAGUAUGGCUCCUUGCCACCUGGUUUUCUACCAUCAACACGUGGAGAUGCAUCUGUUGUUCCACUGGAAGCUGCAGGACCACAUCAACUGCCGCCACCUCCUCCUCCACCGCUGCCUUCUAACGGAGCAAUUCCACCACCACCGCCUCCCCCUCCUCCUCUACCUCUUUCGACUGGCUUGGGAAUUCCUCUGGUUUUUGGUGGGGCUCCUCCACCACCCCCUCUCCCAGGCCUGCCUGGGGCACAGUGGUCUCCAUCUUCAUGUACUUUGCCAUUUGGAAUGAAGCCUAAAAAAGAAUUCAGACCUGAGGUUACCAUGAAGAGACUCAACUGGUCCAAGAUCAGGCCUCAGGAAAUGACAGAAUCCUGUUUUUGGGUUAAGGUGGAAGAGGACAAGUACGAGAAUGCUGACAUGCUUUGCAAAUUGGAACUUACGUUUUGUUGUCAAAAAAGGG